AUGGCGCAUAAAGGGGGUUUCGAGACACUAAACAGAACUCUAAAAGAUAUCAGAGGGAACGAUGACAUGAUGGGUGGAGUCACCGUGUUGUUAGCUGGAGACUUCCGUCAGACUCUGCCGAUAGUGCCGAGGGAAAUUCGAGCUGAUGAAAUUAAGGCUUGCAUUAAGGCCUCAAAUCUUUGGCCUUUAGUCAAAAAACUCUACCUUAAGAAAAACAUGCCCUUCAAGGGCGAUGUUUGCGCUGGACAAUUCUCCGAUGUCCUCCUUAAAAUAGGAAACGGAGAAUAUCCGGUAACUGAGGGCAAAAUUACAAUUCCACCAGCCGAAUAA